UGGCGGUGAAGUUGCGGGUGUUCCGGGUGGCUCUCGUGAAUGUGCUGUUUUCAAAAAUGGGGAGGUUAACCCACUGAUUCCAAUGAAUAAUAUGUGGAAACUAUCUAACCCCGUCUUUACCGUAUCAUUAAGUGUGUUAAGUGGGUGCGUCCUGCUGUACACGACGUCAAUAGCCCUAAUUAGCGUUCUAAUUGCCCUGAUAAUCACGGUGUACGCGUGUGUAUCACUCCUCAUCGACGAGAGUCUCGUGACACGACACGCGUCGAUUCUCCACGCUUACCUGACCACAGCGGGUGGUUAUUUUUACGAAUUUAUAAAAAUUAUCACAUCGCAAACGUCUGGCUACGUUUACCAGCUGUUUCAAGGGUUCAGAGAUUUCUACAAAGAGAGAAUAACAGACAGAAUGGAGCGUCAUCGCAGGAUCACAUACCAGUUGAGCUCUGAGUCACUCAAUAGUCCAAGGACACCUGGUGAACUCAAAAUUCUCAAGGGGCUCAGUCCCAUACCCAAACGGGGAAAUGCUCGUAUCAGUGAAUCGGAGAAUAAUAUCUAUGGGAUCAGAAAGUCGGAGGCGUAUCAGAGUGCCAGAGCCUCUGACAAGGUUACUUCGACACCGAUGAUCCCGUGGAAGAAUCGAGAGCCUCACAAUGGAGAUAUCGGCGGUGACUCAGUCGUGACACAACGAUAUCUGAAGAAAACCGAGGUUACACAGGCUAUUGCCGGAAAGAACGAGGAGGGAAACACCUGGGGCACCUCCAUCAGCCCCAAGAUUAGACCCAAGGCUGCUGGAGUCAAGGCUGUCCAGACGGUGGCUGGACCUCUUCUUGCGUCCACCAGAUACAAUAUCGAUUGCAAGACAUACACCGACGUGACAUCUCCAGGCUUAACCUCUCGCCUGACGAAAUAUGCGACAGAAGCUAAUACAAAAUUGCUGCAUUCGCCUUACGGAAUGGGUCAAUUCCCCAAGGUGAAUCUCAACUCAAGUCCAACACCCUUGAUAAACUCGAGGACAGGAAAGAUGCGACUUCCAGUGACAGUGAGGAUUGCACCGCCAGACACCAGGUACUCACCACCAGACAGGCAAAGAGUGAUAUCUGAUAUCUGUCAAGAGGCACCACGACCUCCACGUACAGUGGCCCAAGUGUUGCGAGAUAUGUCCCUUAAGAGGCACGCCUCCACAGAGGACGUGGGAGCUGAUCUCAUAAAGAAGCAACGAACAGACGGUCUCUACGGUGAUGAACUGGAGAAUCUCGAGGAGAUGACGCAGAAACGAGCGAGGGACGAGUCAUCUCGAUCAGACGAGGACAUUUCCAUCGACAACGCGUCUCUGAGACCAGUGAAAAGGACGAAGAAGCCCUCUUGCUACGAUAUCCUGAAUUCCCUGAGUUCCAGUACGAACGUCAACUCAGGGGUUAAGAGAAAAGCCGACAUCUCUCGAAGUGGAACCCCAGAUCUUGGGAAGCACUUCAAGUCCCUGGAGACUAGUCAAGUUGUGUCAGAAUCUUCGAGAGGCGUUACAGACACCCAGAGCGUCGAUAAAUUGAUUAAUGAAAGCACUUCCUCGAUGGCGAACGUUUCCAGCCCAAGAAAUUCAUUAACAGGUAUCUCUCCGAGGUCCCCAGGGAGACAAUCCUCUAAGCAGAGCCCAGAGACACACAAGAUCGAGGAGAUCUUCAAGGAGGCUAAGAACUCUAUGAUAGAUGUUCCAGCGAAAGUGAAGUUGACUGACCGCCUGUUCAUGAGGGAGGAGCCUCAGAAUAUUGAAAAACUGAAAAGUCUCAUUGAGGAGCACAGCUCCUCACCGAAAUUCACGAAACACGAUACCGAGGAGAUUAAAAAAUCAGAUAUAAUCAACAUGAGGCAGACCAGCGUGAAGGCAAAACUUAAGAGCAUGUUCGAUGCGAUAUCGGGCAAGACAGCGAGCACGAUAGAUCCAAGUGUUGUUAUUCAGGCUGAGCCAAUAACACCGACGUCUCCCUCCAGGGCCACUCUAAGCUCUUCCACAUCCACAACCAACGUUAACACAUCUCCAAUCUCAACAUCAGCUAUUGUUCCUAUAAUUGGGAAAAUGAAAACUAUGGGAACCCCUGGGAAACACGUGACAUUUAAUUUGCCUGUGCCCCAGGUGGAAAAGCCUGAGAAAAAUGAGGAGAUUCAAAAAUCUGAGGGCACAGGUUUCUCCUUCGGUGCGAGUGUAAUCAGUUCUCCCUCGAGUGCUGAAAAAUCUCAGGGUCAAGACAGCAGACUCCUUCCUGUGCCCGCUCAACCAACAUCUGCUUCAGCCGCAACUGCAGCAUCUACGACAUCGAGUAUUCAGGGUCUGACGUUCUCACUUGGGGCAUCGACCCCAGGAGCCCAGACAGUCUCGCCGAUUUCGCAAUCGAAUGAAAAGGUCCUCCAGCCAGCGAGUACUGUAGCAGCUGGAGCUGCUGGAGGUCCUCUUGGAGUUUCCAAGGUUACGGCGUUGUGCAGCACCUCGACAAUAACUACAUCCUCGACAGGAUCUUCCUCGGGGUCAGCAACAUCCGGAAAUUCUCUUUUGACGUUCACGACAGCAAAAUCCCCUCCGAAGGUUGCAGGAUUCACUUUCGGUGCAACAUCCACCAGCUCAACAGGGGGAAGCCAUCAACUUCCAACCACCAGUGCACCGUCAUCAGAAUUUAGUUUCGGUUCUAACUCUGGCGCCGGUGCUUCCGCAUUUGGAACAACGGCAGCUGUUACGUCAGUUGCUGCAUCCACACAAUCUACUUUCACUUUCGGAGCUAACAAUACGACUCCAUCGACUCCAUCCUCUGGGUUUUCGUUUGGAUCAACUGUAGCACCUGUUAUUCCUUCAGGUACAUCGACACCGUCUCAGCCCCCUGCAACAACAUCGUUGACAUUUGGAAUUGGUACGUCUGCCUCAGUCCCAACGUUUGGAACCCCUUCAACAACAGCUUCUACAUUUGGAUCUCUUUCAACAACUGCUUCUGCCUUUGGAGUUCCUUCUACAACAACUCCUACCUUUGGAGCGCCUUCAACAACAGCUCCUGCCUUUGGAGCGCCUUCAACAACAGCUCCAGCCUUCGGAACUCCUUCAACAUCAAUUUCAACUUUUGGCACUACGCCAACAACAACUCCAUCGUUUGGAACACCUUCAGCAGCAGCUCCUGCUUUUGGAACACCUUCAACAGUACCGUCUGCUUUUGGAACCCUUUCAACAGCAGCUCCUGCUUUUGGAACCUCUUCAACAACGACGCCUGCCUUCGGAGCCCCAACAACAAUAACUGCCUUUGGAACUCCUUCAACGGCAGUUUCAGCAACGACUCCAACCUUCAGUGCACUUUCAACCACAACUCCAGCUUUUGGAACCCCUUCAAACACAACUCAAACCUUUGGAGCCCCUUCAACCACAACUCCAGCUUUUGGAACCCCUUCAACCACAACUCCAGCGUUUGGAGCGCCUUCAACCACAACUCCAGCUUUUGGAACCCCUUCGAACACAACUCCAGCCUUUGGAGCCCCUUCAACCACAACCCCAGCUUUUGGAACCCCUUCAAACACAACUCCAGCCUUCGGAGCCCCUUCAACCACAACUCCAGCUUUUGGAACUCCUUCAACCACAACUCCAGCCUUUGGAACCCCUUCAACCACAACUCCAGCCUUUGGAGCCCCUUCAACAACGACUUCCACCUUCGGUCAAUCCACCUCAGCCUCUCUAUUCGGUACCCAACCAUCGGCUUUCUCCUCAACAUCAACUACAACAGCUCUCAGCUUCGGAGCCCCCAAAACUAUAGCGAGCACGGCCACCAGUUUAUUCAAUGGAACCAGUACCACACCGUCAACAUCCAGCUCCAUGUUCAGUGGCUUUGGUCAAUCAAAACCACCACCAGCAUUCAAUGCCACCACAACAACCGCCCCUGGAUUUGCCGGAUCAACCACUACAAGUUUUGGGAGCUCCUCAUUAUUCAGUGGACAGCCCACAACGACCACUGGAUUUGUAGUUAAUAAUCCAACAACGACAGCCUUUGGGCAAGCGUCUUCAGGAUUUGGAGCCACUACAGCCGCUCCAGCUUUCGGUGCCUCAGGCUUUGGUGGACAGAGCACCACCUCCAGUUUCACGGGAACUCCAGCAUUUGGAGCUGCAACAACUGCACCACCAGCUUUUCCCACUGGCACGACUUCUACUGGAUUCGGCACGUCGACUUCUGGAUUUGGAACCUCCACGACAGCUCCUCCAGCAUUUGGAAAUGCCAACAGCAGUUUCACUGGGUUCGGAGCACCCACAACUUCCAGUACUGCAGCUGUCUCACCAUUUGGAGGGGCCAAUUCAGGUUUUGGAGGAACGGGGCCUAGUACUGGAUCUACUGGAGGAUUUUCCUUUGGAGCCAGUGCUGGAACUCCUGCCACCACUCAGGCGACACAGAGUGGUAUUUUCUCGUUUGGAGCCAGCAGUAAUAGUACUGGAUUCCAGUUUAAUGGAAAUACUGCUCCCCAGACUGGAGCAUUCAAUUUCAGUGGAUCAGCAACACCUACUUCUCUAAGUGUUCCAUCGUUUUCUCCAGCUCCAGGCUUUAGCUCAGGUGGAAACAUGUUCAGCAUCGGGUCGGGGUCAGUCGCUCCUCGAUCAAGGGCCACACGUCAGGGCAGACGACACAGAUGAUGGAGAAUGUAAAAUUAAAUCAAUUAACAUCUGCAUUUCACUGUUUAAGAAAUCAAUAGUGAAGUUGUCGAAGAAGAUAAGCUCUUCCAUCGGAUUUUUUUUUUUGAAAAUAUUUUCGAACCCAGGGGAGAUAGAGGAAUUCAUGCCAUCACCUUUUUUUGUGUAGCCUGUUGAGGGCGAAGAAAAAGGUUCUCAUCGAAUUUACACUAUCUUCUGCAGGUUUGAAGAUAUUAACAAAAAAUCAAAGUGCUCAGUGGAUUUAUCUCUUUUUACUACUUCGCUACUGAAAUAGGAAUAGGAUUUAUAAUAAUUGAGUACUUCAAGUGGUGAGAAAAAUGGGAAAUGGUCGAACUCACUGGAGUACUUGUUACUCUGUUUUUUCUUCGUUUCAAAAUAAUGAUAAAAUUAUGAAAAGUUGAUUGUGACUCGACUCGAUGACGUUUUGAGAUGAUUCGUAAUUAAUUGUAUCGAAUAGUCUCGAUUUAGGUGAAAAUUUUUAAUUAAUUCAUGUACAUGACUGUUGCUCAAGCAAUUUUAUAUUAUUCCACGUGCAUUAUUCGAGUCACAACUACUUUAGAAUGGACUGUUUAACUCGUAAUAAAUAUAAAAAUUCCAAUGACACUUGGCUAGCGUGAACAUUGAGUUUUUUUGGCAGGGGUAGUUGAAUUUCGAGGCUUUAUAUUGAAUAAAAUAGGGAACGUUUUGUACGUAAAGAGAAUUCAAGGUAUUGGAGCAAUGUCGGUAGCGGUAAGACGUCUCCAUUAAUCAUUAUUAAGGUAAUAAUCAUUAAUCAUGAAUUUUUGGUUGAUGGUUGUCUUCUUUUUUUGUCUGGAUUCCUUCAACAGACACUGAAGUUGAAUAACGAAUAAAGGGCCCCACAUCCAGUGGUGGAAGAAUAAAAAAUGUAUCUCAAAACUUGUACAGAAUUUAGUUAUAUUAGAAAUACCGAAAUAAUAAACUACGAAUUCUCAUUUUCUGAGGGAUUUACCAUGAACCUAAGAUCAUUCAUUCGAUUUCAGUUAUAAAAAAAUAGGGGAUUGAAUCGAAUUAUCUAGAGAAAUGUAUAGUGGUCAGUUUUUAUUGGUUGUAAUGAAGCUCAGUAAUAAAAAUAUUCUGA